GAAAAGGGUUUGGAAGAAUCUUUAAAAAUGUUCUGGUGGAACAGUAAAUCAUUUGCUCUACCAAGUUUAGAACAAAAAAUCAAAGACUUAGCAACAACUGAAAAAAACAACUUCGAAUUUUUCAAAGGAUUACUUCUAGCAAUGAUUUCGGGAGUAUUGUACUCCUGUACAACUGUAGUAGUCAAAUACGUCGAUAAUUUAGAUCCUGGACAAUUGUGCCUUUAUCGUCAUAUUGCAAUUUUCACUUUAAAUCUUCCAGAAGUUAUCAAAUGUCGCCAAGGAAUCUUUUUGCCAAAAGAUUUCCGUGUGCUACUAAUAAUCAGAAGUAUAUGUUCGGCAACGAAUAUAUUAGUCAGUUAUCAUGCAUUUCGCAGCUUACCACUUUCAGAAGCGAAUGUGAUUUUAUUCAGCAUUCCUGCCUUUGUGACCGUGGCAGCGAGGAUUUUCCUAAAGGAACCAUGUGGAAUAUUCCAAUCGAUACCUGUGCUCUUCACUGUAAUUGGCUUAAUUUUUACUGCCAAAAUACCCAGUUACUUUUCUGGCCCACCUAUUGUUCAUUCAAAGGAAUACAUACAGGGUCUUAUAUUUGCUUUCUCGGGAAUCAUCUUUAAUACAGCUCAAAUAAUACUCUUAAGAAAAACAAAAGAAGUCCACCAUGCAACUGUCGUAUCCAAUUUAGGUAUCAUAGCCAUCAUUGAACUAACUUCUGUUACUGCGAUCUUUGGUGAUUUCAAGUGGAAUGUGUGUGGAUGGCAGAAUCUGUACAUAAUUAUUCUCGGAAUAUUUAGUUACUUAUCUCAAGCAUUGAUGAUCAGAGCUUUCCAGUGCGAAUUUGCUGGCCCAGUCUCCACUGUCAGGGCUGGGUCAGAUAUAGGAUUGUCCUUUAUAUGGCAGACAUUUUUGUUUAAAGUGAUUCCAGACGCUUUUAGCAUCAUAGGAGCUUUGUUAGUUAUGGUAUCCAUAUUUUUGGUUGGAAUUAGGAACUGGGUGUCCAGCCUACCGAAUGAUUCUCCAAAAUUGAAGCACUUAAAAUGGAUAUUGAAGUAAAUUUCGAGAAACUUGGUGCUUAAUACUUCUCUGGCUCACCUAUUGUUCAUUCAAAGGUUUACAUAAUGUUGCUCAAAUUUACUACAACUUUAGUGUGGUGCUACCAUGAUAGUUUAAGUUAAAUGUAACUUUAAUAAUGUGUUACAUUGACCAAUGUUUAGGUUCAAGUUAUACUGUAUCGUGAAAUCAAGUUUAAGAAGGAUUAAACCAUUUAAUAUUACAAUUUACUCGUUAGAUAAUGUCAUACUAAAAUUACACUUAUCAAUACUAUUAGAGAUUUUGUUGCGUACUGAACCAUAAUGUUGCUCAAAUUUACUACUUCCAUAAUAUGGUGCCGGGUUACACCAUAUAAUUGCAAUUCUUAAUGAUUUCCCAAUGAUAGAAUGCUUAGGGCCAUGAUACAGUGCAAGUUAACUGCAACUUCAAUAAUGCAUUAUUGAUUGAUUGUUUUCGUUCAAGUUAUAUUAUUGUAUCACGUGAUCAAGUUUAAGAAAGAUUAAACUCUUUAUAUUAUAAUUCAGAUACGGUCUCAGCAAAUUUGCAACAUAUUGUGGUUCAAAUUACUAAU